GUGGGUCUGGGUGCAUAGUCAGAAUAGCAACGUACUACGUCUGGGAAUAUUCGUGCACGGUAGAGAACGCGCCUCGCAGCUCCUCAGUUUUGAAUACAAUUUGUUUUGAGGGUUUUCCCUAGACGUAUUCAUUUUAUGUAAAUUCUUUAUUAAAUGCGGGGUUUUCUGAGGUGGUGGAGCCGCACUGCACAAAUCCAACGAGUUUCAAUUCAACAGUAGCCUAACGACCGACUGCUAUUCAUGGAUGGUCUUCUAAGGCAAGGACGAGCUCGUGAAUAACCACAGCCUGUGUAACCAAGGUGUCAAGGUCCCCUGUGUGUGAUGCCCUCUUGCUAGCAGGUCCCCUCCCAGAGUGUGAUGCAUCAUGGCUCCGGUGCUCAGUGCCUUGUUACGGCCGGGGGUCGCGGGGUCAGGGGUCGCCAUGUCGACAUCGUUAGGCAGCGAGCCGCUGGUCCUAGUGGUCACCCUGAUGGCCAUCUCUGCCAUCGUGCUGCUCUCCCUGCUACUGCAGCUGUGUGCCAGCUGCCAGGGGCAAAAUAAAUCCAAUGGCCGCCCAGGAGACCAUGAGAACCUCAUGAAUGGAGUAUCUGAGAGAGAGACGUUUACCGGAAGUCAAUCUGUGGACAGCCCAGGGACUGACCUAGUGGUGAGCAGUUCACACAACGGCCCACUAACCAGUGGUACAGUGUUGACAGACACCCAGGACAGCAGUCCCCAGCCCUCUGAGGAGAUGCUGUCCAGCCAGUCAGAGCUGCGGAGCUCCAAGUGUCCCCAGGACCGCGAGCUUCCCAGCAUCCCACCCAACAGCGCCCUGGAGGGGAUGGGAUCCUCUAGCGAACCCCCUCUACCCGUCUCCGGAGACGGCACCUACGAGGUGGUGAAGGAGAGAGGCGGCAUCUUAACGGCGUCCCGUGAUGUGAGCGUUGAAGACUCCCUCUACGAGACGGUCAAAGAGCUGAAGGACCUUCCAGGGAGCCUGGCUGUAGGUAUACCCAACGGACACGGUACUACGUCCCCCUUCAGCCCCGAUGACGACCCUCACCACCUCCACAACCCCCUACCCCCUUCCCACCACCGUCCAGCCCUCCACAAUGGCCACCUCAGCCCCUGCAGCACCCCGGAGCGGGGGCCACUGUGCGCGGGAGUGGAGUACGCCUCGGUGGAUCUGAACAAGAAGAGCCGUUACAGUGCAGACCUGGAGGCCAGGCGCUCAGCCACAAUCACUGCUGCUGUGAGUCCCACAGAGGAGCCCGAGGAGGAGGACAGACCACCGCCUGUACCUGACAAGGUGCUGGAUGAGAACGACAACCAGCCUACCAUGAUGGACGCAGGAGGGGUGGUGGUAAUGGGGGCAGCACUUCACAAUGGAGAGUUGCUCUCUCCCUCACCGGGGCUUCACAACCAUGUGCUGUUGGAGAACGAGCUGUCAGACAUGUACUCCACAGUGAGGAAGACACACCUAGACGUGGAGGAGAAGGAGAGUGACUACAGCAGCAUCGCUGAGAUCAAAGGUCUGGUCCCUGAGUCGUCCUCCAGUGAUCUCUACGCUACUGUCAGGGACAUCUACCCCCAGCUCGGAGAGGGGGAGUCAGACCCACAGGGACCCCCUGGGGACCUCCAGGAGUCCCCUGCAGAGAGCAUCGACCCAGGCUACGAGAACAUCUGCCUCACUAAGACUGGUAAUGGAGAGGACUUGGGGCUGAGGAACCAGGUUCAAGAGCCAGACUAUGAGAGUGUAGGUGAGCUGGGCCUGGGGUUGAACAGGGAGAGUUCCCGUCUCUAACUGGGUAGUAAAGCUACAGUGCGGGCCUAACUCCUAGCCUCACCCUGGGGCCUCACCCUCAACCCCAGCAGUUAGCCUAACUAAUAGUCUCACCCUCAACCCCAGCCAUUAGCCUAAUUCCUAGCCUCACCCUCACCCUCAACCCCAGCCAUUAGCCUAAUUCCUAGCCUCACCCUCAAACCCAGCCAUUAGCCUAACUCCUAGCCUCACCCUCAACCCCAGCCAUUAGCCUAAUUCCUAGCCUCACCCUCAACCCCAGCCAUUAGCCUAACUAAUAGUCUCACCCUCAACCCCAGCCAUUAGCCUAACUCCUAGCCUCAGACUCAACCCCAGCCAUUAGCCUAACUCCUAGCCUCAGACUCAACCCCAGCCAUUAGCCUAACUCCUAGCCUCAGACUCAACCCCAGCCAUGAGCCUAACUAAUAGUCUCACCCUCAACCCCAGCCAUUAGCCUAACUCCUAGCCUCAGACUCAACCCCAGCCAUUAGCCUAACUCCUAGCCUCAGACUCAACCCCAGCCAUUAGCCUAACUCCUAGCCUCAGACUCAACCCCAGCCAUUAGCCUAACUCCUAGCCUCAGACUCAACCCCAGCCAUUAGCCUAACUAAUAGUCUCACCCUCAACACCAGCCAUUAGCCUAACUCCUAGCCUCAGACUCAACCCCAGCCAUUAGCCUAACUCCUAGCCUCAGACUUAACCACAGCCAUUAGCCUAACUCCUAGCCUCACCCUCAACCCCAGCCAUUAGCCUAACUCCUAGCCUCAGACUCAACCCCAGCCAUUAGCCUAACUCCUAGCCUCAGACUCAACCCCAGCCAUUAGCCUAACUCCUGACCUCACACUCAAUGCUAACCAUUAGCCUAACUCCUAGCUUCACCCUCAACCCCAGCCAUUAGUCUCACUACUAGCCUCAACUUUACCCAGCAGCCCUGAUGACAGGAACACCACCUCAGGGCUCUGAACUUCAACAUUCAACCCUACUGCCCAUCAUCACCAAUUCAGGGUUUCUGCCCACUACCCCCUCAGUGCAGUUUGGGUGUGCCCACAGCCCAGCGAUAUCUGACUGAAUUAGCUAUAAUCUUAACUCUCCAUCAAUUCAUGGGGCCCUUAAAUUACAAUGUACGUACUCUGGGUGCUAUCAAAUCAGUAUCUGAACUAUGAAAUCACCGUCCGUUUUCAAGUUAUUGGCGUCCGUCCACUUUGUGAUGUUGCUUCUCACUCUGUAUCAUGGUGCACAUCACAUCACUGAAGAUUGAAGGUUAGCUACAUUAUCAACGACUGCUAUCAAUGUGGGAAGGAAGGCCAAUAUUUCUACAUUAUCCAUCAGCAUCAUAAUUACUUCCUCAGACUAUAAAAUAGUACAUUUCUAAACAUUUAUAACCAGUCAUUACGAAUUCAGUUCAUUUUACAAGGCUGGUGACAAGCUGACUGGCCAGUGACACUUUGUCAGUGCCUUGUGAUUGAGUUUUUGUGCCAUAAUGUCGUUCUAUAAGGCACUUAUAAAGGUAUGAGUAGAAUGUUUCCCCACAAUGUAAUGUCACUGUUUAUAUAAUCUGUUCUCCCUUCCUAGUGCAUCAUUUCAUUCAGAACAUCAUGAUAAAUCAGAGAUAUGAUAGAUAUGUGUACUUACAUACUAUUGUGAAAUAAGUAGCCUCAAGUCAGGCAGUUUAGACGGCUGAACUCUAAAUGGAGCGGCUUCUUUUAGUUUCUAAAACAUUUUUUAUUUGAUUUACAUGUCAACUUUUUUUUAUUUUUUUAAAUCAAAUUCCUAUUUAUUUGAAGAUGGUGGAUCAUUGUGUGAUUAAGGGAUAUCAGGAAGUGUGUUUGUUCAUGAGGGAAACUUGAAAAGGUUUUGUUCUGUACAUAGGAUAAACAAAUGAAUAAGUGGGUUACCAUGGUAAUAAAGUAGUAAAGGUACUCAUGAAUAAUCCAGACUUUUUAAAAAGGACGUAUUCAUUCAAACAAAAGACGAAUAAUGGUGAGACCAUAUCUAUCAAUGUUGUUGUGAUUUGUUGUUUUCUCUAUAUUUCUUCACAUGAUUCAAAAUGUAUUUAAAAUACUUAUAUUCGCUCAAUGUGACAAUAUGCAACAGCAAACCGGUGUGUUAAUACAGCUGUAUUGAUCAAGGUGUAUAAUAUGUGUUUGUAUGGCGUGUUUAUGCUUAUCCUGUAGGUACGCAUACUAUUGAUACGGUGGAAAAGGAUUGUAAAGCACAAAGUGUCCAAAAACAUUAUGCUACUGCUUCUGUACAGAGCUUAUAGCAACAACAACAACAUCAUACAUACAUAUAACCCAUCAUGUGCACAAUUAUAAUAUCAAAUGCUUCUAACUUAACUAUUUGAACAAGCACUAUUAAGGUAGCAUGUGCUGAUGACAUGCUAACCGAGGGUUGUAUAAAGUUAGAGUACGAUUUCAUGAAGUCGGCUAAUGUAUGAAUUUGCAAAUGGUAAAGUAUAUUUUGUAGUAUGUAUGCAUGUGAUUUGGACUGCUUAAUAGUGGCUAUAAAAGCACAUAGAGCACAGUAAAAGCAUUUGAAGGGAAUACAUUUAGGCUAGCUGUAAGUAUGCCCCUUACUCAGAGAGUAACCUAACUAUUGUUGAAAAUAUAGUGAUUGAUUGAAUGGUGGCGUAUGACAGUUUGGGAGUUCUGUAUUCUGUUUUAAUAGGACACCAUCUCAUUGGUUAUUUUGUUCUGUUGUUUUAUUCAAGUAUGGUACAUUGUGUUGGUACAGGUGUUUUAAAACAGAAAAGUCAAAGUUGGUACUUUUUAUUUUUUUAAAGAAAAGUGAAUGAAUAUUGUUGUUUGGUGUUUAUUUUCAAACUAACUGAGUAAGUUGUGACUAAAUAACUAGCUAUUGCAAUGAUGAUAUCUGCAUUUGACAGUUAAACAAUAAUAAUAUCUUACUUUUCCUCCCAUUUCUCUGUUAUCUCAAUAUUGCACAUUAUUGGUGUAUGCAGAGUGAGUGAGUGGAUUUCAUUACACAUGCAUGAGCUUGAAUGAGCUUCUUGACGACAAACCAAGCGCCCAGGUUGACUGAUAUUAUAUUCACAAAUGAAAUCCAAUAAGGAGAGAAAGGACAGUUCCCACUAAAUUAGCAACAAUUGAUAGACACAUUAAAGAUGCUAUACAUUUCAGAUAUCCUUUAAAGCAAGGGCCCUGCAUAUGAGGUUUUUCACACAUUUUAUAGAGUGUAAUUGUCAUUUCAUUAAUGUUAAAUCGCAAAAACAUGACCUUUUAAUGACCAUUGUUCUCUCUAACAGAUUCCAGAUUAGUUCAUGUAGCAGGAAAUGCUUUCAUUUAAACCUAAUGGCGUCUAUGGAAAUGCCAUAAAAGGCUUUUAACAAACGGUCUGUCAAAUAGGAACAUUAGUGCCAAAUCUCACAACCAAAGGUACCACACACAGACGAGCGUACGCACACACACUCAUACAGGAGGGAGUGGGUUGUGGGGGGCAGGCAUGGAGAGGAAGUCCAUCAUAGCACCCUCUCAUUCAGCCCACUCUAAUAAUGAGACAAUACAUUCUCAACAAGCAGCAGAGAAUUCCUUACCAUUGUCUUUCAUUAUGGACCCUGUGUCCCAAAUGGCACCCUAUUGUCUCCGUAGGUCACUACUUUUGAGCAGUCAAAAGUAUUGCACUAAUAAAUACUAUAGGUAUAGGGAAAAGGGUGCCAUUUGGGAUGCAGCCAGUGCUUUCUUUGACAGUUAUGUGCACAUCUGUCAUAAGAUUCUAUCUGGUUUCCUGUGUAUGCAUGAAAAUAUUUUAUGACCAUAAUUUGAAAAUAUUAAAAGAUGUAUAACAAGUAA